AUGGCAGGCAAACACGAUUUGCGGUCCCAGGACCAGGACACGAGCUCCUACGCGGCCCUUCCCGGCACAGAGCAGACAGAUUUCGUCCCGCACAACAUGACGACCAUGAAGUCGCAUCUUGUCCCCGACAGGGAGGUGGCUGGAUCCCACCCGAGCCGAUGGGUCUACGAGCUGACCAACAACGACUUCACCGUUUGCGACAUGUUCGAGCGAGCGAGAAACGCCAAGCUCGACUGUACCUACUACACCUGGGAUCAUCCUCAUAAGCUCGUCAUCAACGGCAACCAGAGCUUUCAGACGCCUUCUUCGCGCGUUCUGUCAUCCAUCUGCCUCGACUGCCACUUCCACUUCGUCUUCAAAAUGGCCUGGGACGAGGCCCAUGCCGAUGCUCGCUGUCACUCAAGCCAGGCACGCUGGCCUCUGCGGGAUAACCAGUUUCCUUGGCAUCACCUGGUUUGGGUGGGGUCCGUCUCGGAUGCAGACAUUCUCGAUAACCACUCCAAAUACUAUCCUCUCUUGGCUCGCGAACACUUUGUCUGCUCUGCGCCGCCCUGCACCUUUCAGGUCACCCUUGAAGUUUCAGAGCCUCGAAUGCACACGUGGUGGGUCCAGCUUCUGCUGGACCGAGACGCCAUUCGUGAGCAGCUAAAGCUUUCAAGAGAGCAAGAACCGAGCCGGUACGAAGGGGCGACGGACGACUGGGCCGACCAGGCGCCGCUCAACCUCAACACGUACCUCAAGAAUCUGCUCGAGUCAGACCCGGACGACGUUAGAAGCAUAUCGAAACGUAACAAGCGAUUCGCUGUACUCUUCGGGCCUCGUUGCUUCUCCAUCUUCCACCAACUAGAAUUCUCGGAGCAGGUGCUGGAUCGCAACGGCGUGGAUGAAGGCGUCUUUACACCAAACGUCCCCGCCCCCCCUGGCGGUCCGUCCGGAGCGACAGAGCUGGGCACGUACCGUGCUUAUCUGGAAGAUGUCAGGGCCGAGGUUCAGUGUCUCAUCCACAAGGCCGGGCAGGGCCCAGAGGGCCCGACUCUCUGCACCUCGGCCCUGCUUUCCGACCUCGGCUGCUCCGAGGUGGUCGAUGUGAGCGAGAACCCCCUGGUCAACACCGAGCGCUACAAAAUGCUUGGAGUCCUACCGACGCAAUCCCGCGAAGUCAUUGUCAACGCCUACAAGCGCCAAUGGGACCUUCUCCCCACUCGGCGUAGGACUCUGGUCGAUAACUUGAUGGCCAUCGCCAACGAUAUCGGCGAGGAUCAGCUCUCCGACUACGCCAUGACCCAAUCCUCCGUCUUUGACAGUCAGCUCCAACGUCAGGGCACUAGUGACGACGACGGGGUUGUGUCGCAAGCCCUCAACUUCCUCGGUCUCCAGCCGCCAAACAACUACAGCGCCGACUCCAUCAUAGAGGCUUUCCGGCUGAAGCUGGCCAGGGAUCCUGCUGAUGCGGUCACUGCGCGGUCUAUGCUGAUGCUGAUUGCCCGGACCUCGACAGACGAUUCAUAUCAGGCCGCACUUCUCAUGGAAUCCGAUUCUAAGAUGUCGCUUGAUACCGCCGCGACAAUUCUUGGUCUGGAUGUCCUCGAUGUGCCUUGGCAGACGGCAGCAGAGACUGCCAGCAAGAAACUGGAGAGAAGCAAGGGGCCAGAAGAAACAGAGGUAUAUCUUGACGCUUUAGAUGCGAUGGCGGUUCACACCGACUCUCCGACACUGAAGCAAGCCGCUCUAGAACUCCGCCAGGCCAAUGGCUUCUUGGGUAGCAGUGACUCUCGAGGAGCCGCUGCCGGACAGCCGGUCGACUUGGCGCUCCCGGUGGGGUUGCACAAUAUCGGAAACACGUGUUACUUGAACAGUCUACUGCAGUAUCUCUUUACUGUCAAGCCCAUCCGGGACAUUGUGCUUAACUACGAAGAUUCAAGGCUGGAUCUGACGGAUGAAAGCAUCAAGGCGCGUCUCCUGGGCGGGAACAAGAUGCAAAUGGACCGUGGCGAGGCCGUGGUGGCCCAGGCAUUUGCACAGGAACUUGCUACGCUGUUCCGAAAUCUGCAAUCGUCAGACCAGGCCGCAACGCGGCCCUCUCAACGGUUGGCCAACGCAGUCCUGCUUUCAACGCACACGCUUCUUCACAGCCCAAAGCAGCCUGCGGCAGAACAGCCAGCCACUGCGCUGCAGCCGCCGCCUCUCCCCGCUCGGCCGUCCCCGGCCUUGCCCACCAAUCCGUCACAAGACGUCGAAAUGACUAGCUCGGCUUCUGUCCCAGAGUCUAUGGACGCGGAUCGCUCUUAUGAAAAGGUUGAGACGACGGCGAUAGAACGGGAAACCAACCCGACAGAAUUGGCUGCCAAGGAGCCACAGCAAGAUGUGGAUAUCCAGAUGGCUGACGUUGAGCAAGCCGUGGCAGGUGCCUCCGCGGCAGGCCGAGCCUCUGAGACCACUCACGAGACGAGCACGGCGGCAGAGCAGAUGAGCGGCGGUGUGGCCACUGAUGAUGCUGUGGACUCUGUGUCAGUCGACCAAAAGCAGGAUGUGGAGGAGGUCAUGGGGAGCAUCAUCAACCGUCUGCAGGCGGCCAUUCGACCUAGCUCCAUUGACGGAAAGACUGGGAUCCAGCUGGAGAAGAUCAUGGAGACCUUUUUCGUCACCACGGUGAACUACACGAAAAAAUUUGACGAAAACAUCUACCAGCAUGAAAUCAGCUUUGACCGCUCCAUCACGGCGUUCCCUGCUCCAGAUGGACCUUGCUCGCUAUACGAUGCCUUGGGCCGAAACUUUGACCAGCAGAUUCUUGAAGAGAGUAAGCUGUCGAGGUACACGGCGAUCAAGACAUUACCACCAGUCCUUCACGUUCUCAUCCAGCGAUCCCAAUCCAUGGGCAGCAAGAACGGCAACCCGGUCGUUAUUCCGGAAAUACUUUACCUCGAUCGCUACAUGGACGCGCCCCACGACUCUCCGGUUUUUCGGCGCCGCGUCGAGGACUGGGCCCUCAACGACCGAAUCGCAGAUCUCAAAUCGCAGCUCGGAAAAGCAGACCCUGACCUAUCGUACAUGGACUUUCUCGAUGCUUGCACCAACGGAACCCAGGGCCGGAACGAGGGUGGCUCAAGUGGAGACCAAGAGUCGCCUCCUCGCGUCGCCGCAAUGGGUGAUAACUGGGAUUUCGACGGACCAGUCGAAGACGACUUUCUUCUCGAGGAUUACAGUUCGGUCGAAGCCCGCGGGACUCACGCGGCAAUACGAGGCAUGAUGGACAAGGAGCUCGUGCAGCGGGAAAAGGCGCUGGAACAGCACCUGGACAGCAUGAAGAGCAUUCCCUACCGGCUUCACGCCGUCAUCUGCCACCGCGGCCACCUGAUGUCGGGCCAUUACUGGGUCUGGAUCUGCGACUUUGAGGAUAGAGUCUGGCGCUGGUACAACGAUGCAGACGUCAAGGAGAAUAGGGACACGGCAGAGGUGCUGCAGACAUUGAGCACGAGCGGGGAGCCAUACUUUCUCUGCUACGUCCGCGACGAGGACAAGCACGAGUAUGUUGAUGUCCCCAAACGACAGCGCCCAACAGAACUUUCUCCUGAAGAGGCAGCACCGCCAUCGGGGCCGACGCCGACGGACGCCGACGGCGAUGUUAAAGUCUUAGACGCCGAGCAAUCGACGCGGGGCGACGUGGUCGACGGCGACGGCGAGUCGCCACCGCAAUAUCGCAUAGAGUAA